AUGUUCGUCAUCUCUCUCCUCCAGGAUGCGGUCUCCGUCCUUCCUGAGGAUCAAAUGAAAAACCAGGAAGAAGUCCUGCGCCGAGCCAUCGAAGAAAAAUAUCUCAACAAGGUUGUGGCAAACUGCGGAUUGGCAGUUGCCUUCUACGAGCUCCGUCGCAUCCAGAGCGCCACGAUCCGGUCUGGAGACGGCAGCGCCCGCUACAAAGUCGAGUUUGCUCUCGUUUUUUUCCGGCCUUUCCAAGGAGAAAUUCUCGAGGGGACCCUCAUGCACUCCGACACUCAGGGAUUGAGAAUCUCGCUGGGAUUCUUCCAAGACGUUUAUGUGCCCGCCGCGGCGCUGCGAGAGCCGAGAGGCUUCAACCCCGCCUCCGAGCGCUGGUGGUGGGGAUUCGAAGACCACGAACUCGAGUACGGGCCGCUUCAGCAGGCGAUCCGGUUCCGAGUGCAAGAAAUUCGCUUUGACCAAUCGCUCGCCGAGGGCGGCGGAGGCGCAGGGACUCCGGAGCUGGUCGUUGGAGGGGAGCGUGCGGGCGUAGCACCCAUGGUCGUUCUCGGGGCUGUCGACGAGGACGGGCUCGGCAUGAAGGUUUGGUGGCAGUGA